AUGGUUCUGCAGGCCGACACCGAUCCCGAGGUCACGCGGGCGCUCAUCCAGUCGGCCAGGUCGCGGUACGCGCGGCACGCGAUGCGCCGCAUCCCCCUCGCCGCCUGGGUCGCCGCGCAGCACGCCCUCGGGCUGUCCGAGCAGUCGCGGCACGUCGACCUAUGGACGCGCCUGGUCGUCGGCGUCGGGCAGUCCUUCUUCUCCGGCAGCGACGGGCCGACCUCCAUCGCCGAGCUGCAGGCCAUGACGCUGCGGCCGCGCGCCGUGCCCGACCAGACGUGGAUCAGCCGGUACGCGUCGCCGCCGCCGCCGGAGUCGGGAGCGGCGGACGCGGUGAUGCGCGCGGUGCGCGGCAUGGUGCGCCUGGAGCCGGGCGUGGUCGUGAGGGAGCCCGGGUACGUCACGGUGGAGGCGGAGUGGACGGCGUACGCGGAGGGGGCGAGGCCGCUGAGGGAGGUCCCGGAGCGGGACAAGUACGCGCGGAUGAUGGCGGACGUGAGGGAUCCGACGACGAUCUUGUACCUGCAUGGCGGCGGGUACUUGAUGCUGGAUCCAAAGUCACACCGGCCGUUUGUGAAGGAGUUGUGCAAGCGCACGGGGGGACGCGCCUACUCGGUGCGAUAUCGCCUCUCGCCGCAGGCAGUGUUUCCGGCGGCCUUGCUGGAUGCAUUUGUGUCCUACCUGACCUUGUUAUAUCCGCCGCCGGGUGCCUUUCAUGAGCCCGUGAAACCAGAGCACAUUGUUCUUGCUGGAGACAGUGCUGGAGGGAACCUGACCCUGUCGCUACUGCAGCUUCUCCUGGAGCUGGGACGGCAAGACGUCCGGGUCGCAUGGCACGGCGCGGAGCGCGUCGUCCCCCUCCCCGCCGGCGCCGCCUGCAACUCGCCGUGGCUCGACGUCACGCACAGCCUGAUCCCCUACGGCGGCGACCGGCCGCUCAAGUACGACGUGACCUCGCUCCCGGUUCCCGAGACGGGCUGGAUGCCGCGCGUGCGUGCCGACCACAUCUGGCCCGCCACCCCGCCGCGGCGCAACUUUUACGCCGACGACCACCUCGUCUCGCACCCGCUCGUGUCCGUGCUGGGCACGCGCGCGGCGGACUGGGCCGGCGCGCCGCCCGUGUACGUCUGCACCGGCUGGGAGCACCUGGGCACCGAGGCGCGAGUGUUUGCGCGGCGACUGGCGACCAGGGCGGGCGUCAAGGUGGUGCUGGACGAGUACGAGGCGAUGCCGCACUGCUUCGCGCUGAUCAUGCCGACGACGGCGACGGCGAGGCAUUGCUGGGACGGCUGGGCCGGGUUUGUGAGCGCGUGCGUGCGCGGGCCGGAGGGGAUCAGGAGCAGGGCGAGGAGGAUUAGGCCGAAGACGCUGGUGGAGGAGGAGGUGGACUUUGAAAAGGUGGUAGACUUGAGCGAUGACGAGGCGCGGGCUAUUUUCGACUCUCAGAACUCGCCGUUCAAAGUGGCACCUCGACUGUAA